AUGACUGAGGUCGUCUCUAGCAUCCUUGGACCUCUUGUAGAGAAACUAACUUCAUCGGCUGUUGAAGAAAUUCAACUGGUCUGUGGCGUCAAGGACGAUCGAGAGAAGCUCAAGAACACGCUAGAGAUGAUCCAGAUGGUGCUUGCCGAUGCUGAGCAGAGGCAAACAAAAGAGAAUACUGUGCGCCUUUGGUUGUCGAGGCUAAAAAACUGGUGCUAUGACACCGAGGACGCGCUAGAUGAAUUCGAAGCCAGGACUCUGUUGAGGCGAGUGCGGUACACUGAGCAAUUGACCCUAAAAAAGAAGGUGUACUCAUGGAUAUCCAAGUUGAUUUUCCAGUUUAAGAUGGCACAUGAUAUGAAAGAACUGAGAAAGAGACUCGAUGGGAUCAAUAAAGAGAAAACUCAGUUCAACUUGUCAACUCUUGUUUAUGAAAAGACCAUAGUUCCGCGGAGGGAAAAUCAUUCGUUUGUACAUGCUUCGAAUGUGAUUGGAAGAAACGAAGAAAAGGAAAGCAUAAUACAGCUAUUGAGAAGAUCAGAUGAUGCUAGAGCUGGAAUUACAGUCCUUCCAAUUAUUGGAAUGGGAGGUACUGGAAAGACGACUCUUGCUAGAUUGGUAUACAAUGAUGAAAGGGUAAAGGAGCAUUUCAAACACAAAGUUUGGUUAUCCAUGCCAUUAGAAUUUGAAAUUGAGAAGAUAAUGAGAGAAAUCAUCAAUUGUCUUAGUGGCGAAGCAAAAUUUGGUAACUGGAGCGUUGAGAUGCUACAAAAUCGCCUAAGAAACCUCGUCGAGAACAAAAGGUGCUUGUUCGUAAUGGACGAUGUGUGGGCAAUGAGGAGGGAGGAUUGGCUGGAAUUGAAAGAUUUGUUAGGGGGCAUUUCCGAAGGGAGUAAAGUCAUCGUGACUUCACAGAAUCAAACCAUCGCCAAAGUCAUGGGCACUGUUCCCUCACUUAAUUUGGCCAACCUUUCGCAGGGGGAUUCCUUAACUUUGUUCGUGAAAUACGGAGACUUGAUCCCCGAUCACAACUCCAAAUUAGGCCUCAACAGGCGCAGCAACAACAACGGUCACAACACCGGCAGCGGUAGAAACAACGACAACAGCAACGGCUCGAUCCUGAGCUUACUGACCCAACAAGCUUCCAAGGGACACUAG